ACAUCCUCUUUGUUGUAGCAUUUCGAUGGCAGCUGCUUGAUGUGCUUGAUGGUUGAAUAGAGUUCGGCCAGUUUCUAAUCUUACACAAUUGACACCCUUCAAAAUUAAGUUCGAAUUCGCCGAUAUGGAAAACCGGCAACAUAUACAACUCGCUAUUGGGCGAUAAACUUUCGCUGGGCAAUUAUAAGAGAUACAAUGGAAGUAUCUUGAGCAAGUCAAACCAGAGAGGGAUGAAUGUACUAAGUAGAUUAGUGGGAGAUGAUACAAUCAUACAACUACUACCAUAGGCAUAUACGACCAAUGGGGUCACCGUUACCUACAUCAUCCAUUCACCAUCGAAACGAUAUAUUGAGCCGUGAUUUCACUCUUCUCAACUUUCUCGGUGUUCUAGGUUACACCCAAGACGCGUCACAUCACAACAUAAUAUCAAAUAUCGAAUCCAAAGCACCACUGAUCAUCUUGUCAACCAUUUGGUAAGAUGACUAAGUUUGAUAUUGUUGUCAUUGGCUCCGGCCUAAGCGGCUUGGCCUUUGCUAGAUUCUACCUUGAUAUUCAUCCAGAAGCGGAACUGAUUAUUAUUGAAGAGGAUAGAUGCCUUGGUGGUGUUUGGAGUGAAAGACGAUCAUACGAUAAUUUCUGGUGUCAAAGUGGCCGACGAAUGUCUGGAUUCUCCGAUGUUCCUCUUACUGUCCCCGAAGAUGCGCCCUUAUACCAUGAUACAUUCGAAGCAAAGUAUGUCACCAAUUAUCUCGAGGAUUAUGCGCAUAAUCAUAUAUACAACGGAAAAAGUAUCUUUUCUAGGAUACAUUUCUACUGUAAAGCUGUCAAGAUCAAUAAAUCUUAUGAUGGAUGGGAAGUCAUAACAGAACUUCCAAGCCAUCUCAAGGAAAAGCACCCAAGUCAACUGCCGAUUACCCAUGCAUGUCACAAGCUUGUUGUAGCUACUGGCCGUACUUCAAAUCCUAGGAUACCUUCAAUUGAUUGGGAAUCGAGUAUGAGAUUUGUUCGUCACCAUAAAGCUUUUGGGGAAUUAUCACAGCAGCCAUUACCUUGGGCCAGCGGUGUACUAUUCUUUGCAGUUCUUGGCGGUGGCAAGUCUGCUGCAGAUAUGGUCUACGAGUUAGCUAAGAAAGGUCAGAACGUCAAAUGGAUUAUUAGAGCAAGUGGCGAGGGUCCAGCUCUACUGUUUCCCGCCCCUGGCCAUGGGCGCUACAAGAAUUCAGUCGAAAGUUCGGCAACUAGGCUCAAAGCACUCUUUAGUCCAUCUCCGUUUAUGCCAAAUACUUGGUGGCUCUCCAUCAUUCGAACCUUGAUUCAUGGAACUCGCACUGGGAUGAACUAUAUGAUUCAGAGAAUAAGGAAUGUUGAUCAAUAUUGUCGUAAUAUAGCAGGAUAUGACAGCAGACCGGAAUCUUUAGAGGGAUUUAAGCUCCUUGACUUCAGUUCUUCUGCAUUUUGGUGCACUGGACCUGUAGGACUUGUACAGCACGAUGACUUUUGGGAAACGAUAUCUCAGAAUGUUCAAGUCUACCGGAACGAUGUUGUUUCUUACAAAGACAACAUCAUAACUUUAGACAACGGCAAGCAACUUAUAGCAGAUGAGUUGUUAUUGGGAACGGGCUGGGAUCCUCAGCAACAGUGCUUUAGCGAUAAAGAAGCUUAUUAUCUCGGUCUUCCUCACUUUAAGUCAAUGGAGAGUAUCGAAGAAAGAUCGUUUUGGGAUCAGCUCUAUGAGCAGGCAGAUCGUCAAGUGAUCGCCAAAUUUCCACUCCUUGAAAACCCUCCUCCACACCAAAAUCGCGCUUCCCCUGAUACAACAGUACAAAGACUAUACAAAGGUAUCGCGCCACUUGCAGAUUAUUCAAUCGCGUUUCUAGGGGCUAUAGAUAUUUCUAACUCUUUUCGCGCUGCCGAAACACAGGCCAUCUGGACAACAGCAUUUUUCGACCGUAAUAUAAAACUACCUCCAUUGGAACAAAUGCUAGAAGAAAUAGCCUACAUGGGGGCCUUUUCAAAACGAAGAUACCCUACUCACGGUCAAAAAGGAGAAUGCUUUUUCUUUGAGCUUGUUUGGUAUACGGAUGCGUUGCUUCAUGAGGUUGGCUUGAGAUCGCAUCGGAAAGGAUGGUGGGCUGACUUGGUGGAACCUUGUCUUGCAUCGGACUUAAAAGGUAUGAAGGAUGAAUACAAGCAGAAGUUUAGAUUGUGAGCUUUCUGUUAGUCACUUACAUGAUUACUCCUGGGUUCUUGGUAGAUUAUGGGCAGAUAAAUAUUGCUUCUUCAGGAGUUUGUGAACGAUUUUUCAGAUGGCUAAAAAUGCCGUCUUUAACUCAAGUACAUAGCACCUGGGUAGAUCAUCACAACCUUUGGCUCCUCUUAUGGUAUCUUAAUUAGUUCAUUUCUGAAAUCAAUAUUCAAAUUACCGAGAAGUAUACCAAUUCCUCUAUGUAGGGAUAACUUUAUGUAAAUUUCACCCAACUAUCUAA